AUGGAAAGCGACUCUCAAUCUUCCAGUCUUCUGGAGAAGAGAGACAGAUCAUCUUUCUAUGCGCCUCGUGAGGUGCCUCUGAUGGUACAGUCGAUGAUUGUUAUUGGUCUAUGGGCUAGUGGCGAGCAGGCCUCGCAAUCAGCUGCAAAGGAUCUUCACAAUAAACUUGACGCGGCUAUUCGAGAGCAGACGGAAAAAUGGGAUGCUUCAGAUUAUGAGGUUUCUAGCAGUUGUCGCUGGCCAUUGGCGACAUUCCAAGCAAUCCUAUUGCAUAUUAUAUUCUCUUGCAUGGUAGAAAGUCAGCAUAAUUCUGAUUUCGAGCUCAAAGUCUCCGUCACCCCGAAGACCACCGAAUUAUUUGCCGCGCUUGUCCGAAGUUGCCGAAAGCUUGGCCUAUUUUACUACCCCAAUAUCCUCGCUCAAUAUCGAGAUACUGGCGACGAAGCGUUGGCCUUGUUAUUUAUUGAAGAAACAAAGCGAUUUAAUCUGUCAUUGUACAAACUUGGCAGGAAAUUGAGUCUUACAAGCGUCGGCACGCAUACCUUGGAUUGGCGGGUUACUACAAAUGAUCUCCAAUUUCCAAUGCCAAAAGGCCGUAUUCUCUGGGAUGCUGCCACUAGAAGUGAAUGGGAUCGUGCAGUACCAGUUGGAUCGAUCGGACCUGAGCUCAAUGAAACCGUCGAGAACACGUGGAUGUCAAGGUCUGCCGAGUUAUUGGAGUAUAUUUAA